UCAGCACCACGGGGAGAAAGAACAGCUCCCGCAACGUGGAUUUGAGAAAUGCACAACAAGGUCAGUGAUUUCUGUCGAGAAAAGCUAAAUAAACGAGUCGAAGAUGUUUCUCUGUGUGCUUUGAGAUGCUGUGGCGAGCAUGAGAUGCAAAAGUGCUGAAAAAGAGGUUUCUCGUUGGUCGAUUUUUCGAGCAUGGAUAUACUACUGAUCACUGAGUGUCCUCUGCUUUUUUAGACUGGAGAUUUACGAUCUCGUUUGUCGCCCUGUCGCUGAUCGCAUUCGUGUCUUGAUGUCGGGGAUGAUUUUGGCGUAUUGAAAAUGCUGCUUUGGAUUGUGUUGCUGCUGAAGGCGGCUCUUUGUGUGGCUAAUGGAAAUGUAACAAGGGAUGUGUGUAAGGAGCACAUUUGCUCGUGCAAUGCAAUAGAAGGCGAUUUGCACAUCGACUGCGAGAAGCGGAGCUUCACGAAUCUGCACCAUUUGACGGGUCCGAGCUCCCAGUUUUACCACCUCCUGCUUCACGGGAAUUCUCUGUCCAGGCUGUUCCCGAACGAGUUCGCCAACUUUUACAACGCCGUCAGCUUGCAUUUGGAGAACAACGGCUUGCACGACAUCGUGCCCGGCGCGUUUCUGGGACUGCAGCUCGUCAAGCGGCUGCACAUCAAUAACAAUAAAAUACGCUCAUUCAAAAAGAGCACGUUUCUCGGUUUGGACGACCUGGAGUACCUUCAAGCGGACUUCAACCUUCUGAGGGACAUUGACCCAUCUGUGUUCAGGGACCUGAGUAAGCUCGAAGUGUUAAUUCUUAACGAUAACCUUAUUAGUGCGCUACCCAUCAACGUGUUUCAAAACGUCCCCAUUACGCAUCUCGAUCUAAGAGGGAACCGAAUCAAAACGUUGCCUUACGAAGGAAUUCUAGAACAGAUCCCUGGCAUCGUGGAGGUGUUAUUGGAGGACAACCCAUGGGAUUGCAACUGCGACCUGGUUUCCCUAAAGGAAUGGCUGGAGAACAUCCCGCAGAAUGCGCUCAUCGGACGGGUCAUUUGCGAGGCGCCCACUCGACUGCAGGGGCACGACUUGAACGAAACGGCCGAAACCGAGCUGUGUCCUUCAAAGAACGGCAUGGAUUCGAGUUUGGUCGCGCCUCCAACCCAGGACGAGACUCCUGAUCGUGGUCCCCAUCCCACACCGUAUAAAACAAGCGGUGUUACGGAGUCCCACAAUAAGGGGCGUCCGAAAGCGAGGGAGAAUUGGCAGCUGAAAAUUAAGCCCACGGCUAUGGCGACUGGUGCAAUUGAGCGGGAUCCGCCGUCCAAUUCCACCUGCCCUCAGUCGUGUAGCUGUAAACUUAUUGGAACUAGACAAGGGCUUGGGGUUAACUGCGAGGGCAGGAAGAUAGAAAGCGUGGCCAAUCUCAAACCCAAACCCCUGAGCGCGCACGAGUUAAAUCUGCGCGACAACAACAUUCACGCAGUCAAAAGAAACCAGUUGCGAGGCUAUCACAGUUUGAAUUUGCUCGAUCUGGGGGGGAAUAACAUCAAAGUGAUCGAAAACGGCACUUUUUACAGUCUCAACGAGUUGAGGUGGCUUUACAUGGACAAGAACUACUUGGAUACGCUAAUGGCGGAGAUGUUCGCCGGACUUCAAAGUUUGGAGUAUCUCAGUUUGGAAUAUAACGACAUCCAACUCAUCAUGCCAGGCACGUUCAGCCCUAUGCCCAACUUGAGGGUCCUUUUCCUAAACAACAACUUGCUCAAAUCUCUGCCCGUGGAUGCGUUCUUGGGGGUUUCGUUGUCCAAAAUAAGCUUGCAUAAUAAUUAUUUCACCUCUCUGCCCGUGCCGGGCGUGUUAGAUCAGCUCAACUCAAUCAUCCAGAUCGAUUUGCAUGGGAACCCCUGGGAAUGCUCGUGCCACAUCGUCCCUUUUAAACAGUGGACAGACAAGCUGGGCGCAGAUGUCAUCGUGAGCGACCUCAAAUGCGAGUCGCCCGAAGAGUUCUGGAAAAGGGAUUUCCGUCGCAUAAGAAACGAUCUGAUGUGCCCUCAACUUUACGACAAGGUCUCCCCCACUUCGCUGUCCAAAAACAGCACUUUCCCUUCAGACACGGGCACGCGCCCCAACUCCUACCUGGAGCCCAGCAGAGUGUCCAUAUCAGUGCUCGUGCCCGGUUUGCUCUUGGUUUUCGUGACGUCGGCGUUCACCGUGGUGGGAAUGCUCGUGUUUAUACUGCGCAAUCGAAAGAGGUCGAAACGAAGGGAUGGAAAUUCUUCGGCGUCAGAGAUCAAUUCCUUGCAAACAGUGUGCGACUCGUCCUACUGGCACAGCGGAGCAUAUCACGCGGACGGGCCCCACAGAGGUUACGACCGUGGGGCCCAUUCACUGUCCGACAAAUGAGUGCGCAAAAUGCGCAAACGAGAGCAAAUACUGCGCAACACAAACAUUCAGACUCCUACAACUCGCCUCUGUGGGAAAAUAUCCUAUUUUUUGUGCGCUUCGGUUGAGUAUGCUUCCUUGAAACAAUGCAAUGGGGGCCCCACUGUUCUAUAUGUAUAGAGCCUCUCUCUGUAUCUCUCUUUCCUCCCAGUUCAGACUGCAAAUCAAAAGAGGACGAUGCACGAACGCAUGAAUGUAAUGUAAAUAACGGACUGUAACAUAUCUGCAUGAUUCGCAUGGUCUCAACACACACUGGGAACCAUUACCAU